AUGGGGAAACGGAGCCAUCUUGUUUUAUUUCUGUACUGGGUAUGUUGGUAGUCUCAAAGUAGGUGCGCGGGGAUCAAAUUAUGUAGUAUAUCGUUUGUGCUAUAUGUGUUUAUAGUAGUAGUUACACUAUGGGCCACGUUUUUUUCUAUUAUAAAAUAAUGAAUAGCUAGAUCGGAUUUGUUUGCACGUUCUUGGCGAGGGUGUGCUAGUUCAUAUUCUCGGUUAUUUUCUUUCUGUGUGGGUGAACUGCUAUGAAUGGAGGAUAAAUGUUGCCGAAGGCUGACAGCAGCAGUUCCGUCCUUGUCUUGUCUCUCCUGUUUGUUCUGACUCUGACGGAUCCACCACGGACAGGCCCUCGACUAGCGUUGGCCAGGCUACUGUCAGAGCAGCGUUGCAGCCCUGGCCAGUUUGCCUGUCGCAGUGGGAAGGUGCAGUGUAUCCCUUUGGACUGGCAGUGUGAUGGCUGGAAUGCCUGUGAUGACAAGAGCGAUGAGAUGGACUGCCCUCACAUAAAGGAGGAGCGGAAUCGCUACGGCAACAGCUACGACCAGGUGGAAGAUGUGAUGGGUGUGGCCCAGCCUGUGCGCUUCAACAAGAAGUGCCCGACUGGCUGGCACCACUACGAGAGGACGGCCAGCUGUUACAAGGUGUACCUGCGCAGCGAGAACUACUGGCAGGCGGUGGACACCUGUCAGAAAGUCAACGGGUCGCUAGCCACCUUCGUCACCAACGAGGAGCUGCAGUUCAUCUUAAAGAUCGAGGAGGACUUCGACGAGAAGGUCUGCGAGAGGAAGGACCAGUGCAAGUUCUGGGUGGGCUACCAGUAUGUGGUCACUUAUCAGAACCACUCGUUCGAGGGACGCUGGGAGGUUGCCUACAAAGGCCCAAUGGAGGUGAUCCUGCCCCCAGAGGGUCUGACCAGCUUGUUGCGUGAGGCGGCGCCCCCCCAGGACAACGUCUUCUGCGGUCAGCUGCAGCGCUUCCAGAUGCGGAGUAUGAACGAACAUGGGCUGCACAGCUGGCACGCAGAGAACUGCUACAAGAAGUUCCCCUUCCUCUGCAAGAGGAGACAGACUUGCGUGGACAUCAAGGACAACGUGGUGAACGAGGGCUACUACUUCACGCCCAAGGGUGAUGACCCAUGCCUGAGCUGCACGUGCCACGACGGCGAGCCCGAGAUGUGUGUGGCCGCGCUGUGUGAGCGCCCGCAGGGGUGCCAGCACUUCCGCAAGGACCCCAAAGAGUGCUGCAAGUUCACCUGCCUGGAUCCAGAUGGCAGUAGUCUGUUUGACUCCAUGGCCAGUGGCAUGCGUCUGAUAGUCAGCUGCAUCUCCUCCUUCCUCAUCCUCUCUCUGCUCCUCUUCAUGGUCCACCGCCUCCGACAGAGACGCCGCGAACGCAUCGAGACCCUCAUCGGGGGCAACCUUCAUCACUUCAACCUGGGCCGGCGAGUGCCAGGUUUUGACUACGGGCCAGAUGCCUUCGGGACGGGCCUGACUCCCCUGCACCUGUCAGAUGAUGGUGAGGGCGGGGCUUUCCACUUCCAGGAGCCGCCCCCACCCUACGCGGCUUAUAAGUACCCCGACAUCCAACACCCCGAUGACCCCCCGCCCCCCUACGAAGCCUCCAUCAACCCUGACAGCCUCCUCUACGUGGACCUGGCGAGGAACGGUAUGCCGGUGAGCAUGGGUCAGAUGAGCAUGGUGGAAGCGGGCGUUGCAGGUGAGGGUUCGGUUCUGCCCCCCCUCCCUCCGCCCCCCGCGCCUCAGGAGCGCGAAGACUCCAUCGACAGCAGCACCUUCCUGGUGGCCCCCGACACCCCCACCGAGAGCAGGGGCCCUGGGGGGCCACAGGAGCCCUCAGACUACAGCAGCGCCCCCUCUCUCAGCACAGUGGUAUAGACCUGCAGCGGGACAGAGAGCGAGAGAUGGAGAGAUGAACAGACCGAGAGGGG